AUAAUUUAUGAGUUUUUAGGUAAAAUAAAAUAUGCUAUGAUAUAGACAACGGAUUCAAAAAAAGAAGAAUUUAGAAAAUAUUUAGAGAAGGCUGGAGUCAUUGAUCAACUUACAAGAGUAUUGGUUGGAUUAUAUGAAGAGCCUGAAAAACCAAACAAUGCAAUUGAGUAAAUUAAAUUUUUUACUUAGUUAUGUUAAAAAGUAUUUAGGAUCACCAGUAGAUAUUGAUGUAGAUAAACUAAAAUUAGAAUAUGAAAAACUAAAAGAUGAAAAUAUCAAAUUAAAGAGAGAAGUUGCAGAAUUAAAAAAAGAAGUUAAUAAUUUAUUUUAUAAGUUAUUAGUUAUAAGCAGCCUAAUAAGAGCAAAAUUGAG